CACUGAGUUGUAUAACAAUAAUUCAAUUGUUUUGCAAACAACUGCUUUCUGCUGGUGCGAUUUAUUCAUCUUAGAAACAUGUACCAUAACAUCGAAGCUGUUUUACUGUUGCUAUAGCAGUGUUUGAUCAAAACAAAACACCUCUGCUGGGGAAUUCCCUUUGCUAUCGAAGCGAAAUACAUCAAAUAUAUAUAUUUAGCCAGAGGUCUGAUUGGUUCUGUCCGAACCUGAUGAGGAUAUUUACGCGGGUAUGCCAAAACAUUGAUCAGAGAAAAAGAAGACUUCGAGCUGGUGAUUGCUUUGUACCAGGGCCGUGUUAAGUUCAGGUGAAAGGACCGAGCGCCCACCACAAGGUUUGUCUUAUGUUUCUUCCUUUUGCUGUACUACGCUCACUUUCCACUUGAGUUUCUUCAUCUCUAAAGCGCCAAUCAGACACACACCCCCUUUCAGAGCGAGAGAAUAUCGAUUUUAGAGGUGCCGUAGACCAAAUCGGCAAUAUAAAGAAAAUGACGGUGCAGGCUUUUUACUUCCGAAUGAUAAAGUUAUAUCUUUUUGUUUCCGUUCGUAAUGUAAGACGGUAGUCGGGUGGUCGGGAGAUAAUUUUGUAAUCUUGAUCUUCGUAGAAUGAUGGCUUCGAUAUAGAAGUAUUUCAUGAAAGACUGCCACUAAUUCGCCUAAACACCGAAACACAUCAGGUUCUACUGAUUUAUCUGUGAUAUCCAACCGAGAAGCUCAUAUUAGUUAUGAUUUUGUUUUAUUGUGCUUUAAGAGCGAGACAGUUACCCAUCAAAUUCGACGGAUCCGAUCGAACUAAUGUUAUUCAACAAAUUGACCACAAUUUUCCGUUGUCUCUAACCUUACUUAUCAUAGAAAUGAUGUCUACAAUGUUUAAAACGAAAGUGAAACCACGAGGCGCAAGCGAGUGGUUUCACUGCAGAGUUGUUUCCAGAGUAUUUUUUCUCUUUCUACUUCUCUUCUAGCGCCAAUUAGACACAAACCCCCUUUCCUUUGCAUUUCUUCCGAAAAUCAGCCUUUUCGUCACUUUUGGACGUUGGUAUAGGCAAAAAUAUUUUCCUUCGUUCUCGCCAAUAUGCAAACGAAGAGGCUUUUCAAAACGUAUGAGUGUGGUCAGGAAGAAAAGUCAUUAAAUUAUCACGUGAAGGUAAAUUAAUUCGGGAGUAAUUUAAGCAUGUGAAAAAUAACGAUUAGAUCAGACGUUCGUGUCAUUUUUGGACCUGUUUAUACGUCGUAAUGGAAACUUUGUUAAUUAAAAGCGCACGUUUUGUUGAAAGGGCAUUUUGUCCGUAGAACUUGACAGUUGCGAUGCACAUGUAAAUGAGUGAAAGGCCUUCAAUCAAUUUAAUCUCAAUCUCUAGAGGGAAAUAAGAACAUUCAUCAAAUUAUUAUCUACUAUUUUUUUUGUUAUUGUAAAAUGGAAUAUCUGUAUUGCGAUCUAUUUAUAUCCUGCCUCCGCUAUGGACCAAACAGCCAUUUUUUUUUUAAGUCAUUGAGCUGUAUAACAAUAAUUCAACUGUUUUUGCAAACAAAGGUAUGUUAUAUUCAGCGCUACUUUACCACCUCAAUUCUUUUAAAAUUGGGUACGGUUUUUCAGCUUUGAAAUAUUUCUUGCAUUCUGUUUAUCAAAGAGCUGCUUCCUUUUGGAAGGCCAUCACUUUUUUAAUCGAGAGGUUCGGGAAAUGAUUUUGUAAGCUUGAUCUUCGUAGACUGAUAGCUUUGAUAUACAAAAUUUUGUUAUGGAAGACUGCCACUUAUUUGCCUAAACACCGAAACACAAAAUGUUCUACAGAUUUAUCUAUGUAUAAUAAUAAGUUCAAGAAAUUUCCAUUUGAGAAUCCUGGAAUAAUAUGUCCCACUACUUAUAAAGUGACUUUUUGGAUCGAUCUACACGAGGUCUUAUUUCCGAGCUAAAUCUCUUUGAUGAGGCAGCCGGCAUAAGCCAAUAAUAAAGUAAAUAGUUUCGUAAACAACAUGUGCACGAGUGACUGUUCCCUGAAAGAUAUCUGAUAGGUUUCAUUUACAUAAAUCGUUGUGUUCUUGUAGCUUAUAUUGCGAUCCGUUUGAGUGAAAGACCUCGAAUCAGAAAAUUCGAAAUCGGCGGAGGAAAUAAGAUUGCUCACUAUAUUUUUUAUCUACCACAUUUUUCUCGUAAAUGGAAUAACAGUUUUAUUAUUAUGGAUAACAUAAUCUGUGUGGCGAUUUCAACAGGUUUUAGAUUUCAACAUCAACUGUUCAUAUCAUUUUUUCUAAGAACGAAAGAUGUAAAUGAAAUCCAGAAUUUUGAAGAUAGAAAUUGAAUGUUUUGCUACCCUACCUAAAACUGACAGCGAUAUGUUCCUGAAUUAGGAAAGGGAAAGGGGUUGUUUUUGAUAUUUUUUCAGAAUAAUAUGUUACGAGAUGUUUCUUAUUUCAAUUUGAUGAAGCAUACGCUCAUAGGAAUAAUUAAAUGGUACCAGAGCUAAUUUCUUUCGAAGAAACCUUCACUUAAUUCUUUAAGAAAGGGGAGGUUUUUAUUGAGAAAUGCUCAUAGGGAUAAUAGAAUGGUACCAGUGCUAAUUCCUUCAAAGACAUUCUCUCUUAAAAACUGAUAAUCGAUAACCGGGAGAUGUACGAUUAAGAAAUUUCCAAACAGUGUUUGGGAGUCUUAUUAAAAAAGUUUCCCAUUAAUGAUAUGUAUACAAGAGAUCAUAUUCUAUUGUGUAUAACGUGACUUCUUGGAUAUACACGAAAAGGUCCAAUUUUCGGGGUAAAUCCCUUUGAAAAAGCAGCUGGAAUAAGUCAAUGAAAAAGCAAAUAGUUUUGUAAAAAAAAAUGUGCACGAGGGACUCAUUUACAUAAUCAUUGUAAUCUUGAAAAGGUCAGGAUGUGAUCAAAACAAACUCCCAUUCAUUUACAGAGAAAGCCCUUGUCUUUACGAAUUGUGAUAUAUAUGAACCAAUCAAAUGGUUGAUUUGCGAAAUCCUGUCGUUCAGAGAAAUAUAUCUACCAUAAGUUCUCAAAAAAGAGUGAAUAUAGAUGACAAGUAGAUCUGCGUUACAGAGAUUGUUUGAGAAUUGUUGUUACUCAUUUUAUUAUCUUAUGGAAGGAGAAACUUAUUUUCUCUUAGAUUUAGAAGGGAAAAGCUCCUAGGUAAGGGGAAAUCUUUCAAAAAACAAGCGUAGUAAGUUAAUAACACGCUACACGCUGUGCAACCAUCAUUUCCAUAAGGGACUUUUUUCCUAAAUGUCUGCCUUCAUUUACAUUCAAGUGGCAUUUGUGUUUAUGCGGGGAAAGUCAUGCCAUGAUAAAAAAAAAACAAACAAACAAACAAAAAACACUGAUCUUACCACACUACGUCAGUUAUUGACUAACAUCAAAGACAGAGACGAACCGAGGAGCAGACAAGGAGCAGUAUAUAAGAUCAAUUGCUCCGACUGCCACGCCUCCUACAUCGGUGAGACUGGCAGAAACCUCACAACUAGACUGACUGAACACAAACGAGCGACGAGGAAAGCCGAUGUCAACAAUCACAUUGCUGAACAUCACCGACUUACGAACCGCACUAUUAACUAGGAAUCUGCCCAAUGCUAACCUACAGCACCUACUACUUUCAACGACUGACCCUGGAAAGCUGGUUUACUAACUUGGAACAGACUCCACUCAACAGGUGCCAACCACCACCGGCACCAUACAAACGACUCAUCCACGACAUUAACAUUACAAACGUACCGAACAGAACGACCUAACUUCACAAACAGAUCCAAACCGACCAAUCACGACGACCUACGCCACUUGAGUCUUACAGACAAUAACAUCACGGCAAAACUGAUCAAUCAGUGUACACAAACUGGACUAAGUACAUUCGACUGACAACAACCUUUCACUUGCCUCUGAUGAUGACUUCUGCUCAGGUUGUCGAAACGUCAGUCACCAUUACCGACAAAAGUCCCUCUCAGGACUACACUCACCCGGACGAUAAAAUUACACUAUCACAUAUUUUCUCUUUCUUAAUUUAGAGUGAACUCUAGAAAGUAAGGAAGUUGUUUAAUCUCAAUUCCAGCAGGCCAGCUUUUAAGGAGUGAAACACUUGAGGCCACUCAUAAUAAGACACACCAGAAUAUUUGAAAACAAGUUGUAUGCGUGGGUAUUAGACUUAACUCGAUUGAAAGGUCAAUGCUUAAAUAACACAACACAAUGGAUUGAAACAGGAAUUAUCUUCAGAGAUUUUAGACCUCACGUAUCCUAUAAAAGCUAUUUCUUUCCUUCCGUUCAUUUUUUCUGAGAAAACAGUAAUUGCCCGCGAUAACGGGAGAUGUACGUUCAAGGAAUUAUUUGAGAAUUGUUGAAUUUUUGACUGGCCAUUUCUGAGCAUGCAUCAGACACAAAUCCACGAAAGCUUUUCUUUUUUUUUUUCCUUUUUGUGGGUAGAUCCUUGUAAAACAGCACCAGAAAUAAGCCAAUAAAGGUCAAAACGCUCUGCAAACAUCAUGCAGACGAAGAAAAUUUUCCAGAUGGCUUGACAAGCCUUCGUUGUUCGGGAAAAGGAGUCAAGGCAAUUAUCUUUCUACAGGGACAGCCCCUUUUUUUUUAAUAAAACCUGUGAUAAGCGAACCCAUCAAAUGAUUUUUCGUCAGUGUAGCACUCUUUAGCGAGGAUAAUUCUAAGUAAAUGAAUUUUGUUAGCUGAAUUACAAUUUUAUACCUUCUUGAGCGGCACGGUUUGUUCGAAGAAAUGUUUUUUCACUAGGCAAGUUGACGCACCCAACUAAUUUUCUGUGUUGCUGUAUCUACACAAUUUUGUCAUUCCCAGUUUUCCUUAAUGUAACAAUUUUGAUUCCCUUUGCCUGACCUUACUCUGCAGGAAUACGAAUCGUGCAACUAAGAAUGGGGGAAUUCAAAGAGUGGGACAAUGCUCUCAAUGACCUGGACGUCGAUCAGUCACACUCGGAUAUGAAAGACGCCGAAAAGUUAAACGAUGAUGUAGAAGUUAUGUUUCGCAUAGCAAAGGAAGCAGUCCAAAGUCUCCGUGCAGCGGCUGAUAAACUUGACGAAGCGUGGAGUGAUGGCAAGAUAACUCGUAUAGGUGGAAUUUCCGUUGGUGUAGUGGGAGGAGUCCUCACCAUCAUCGGAGGAGUUGCAACGGUUAUGACGCUAGGGGCUGCUACACCCUUGUUAGUUACAGGAAUAAGCUUUGGCGUCAUCGGAGCUGGUACAAACAUAGCGGGAAAUAUUAAAGAGUCACACAUCAACUCGAAAGAAAUCGAGAAAGCUGACAGUGACUUAAAGAAGGCUGUGGAUAGCAUAAGGAAUGUUAAGGGGACCAUCCACAAGUGGUUGGAUGACAAAGAUAUACCCAGACUGCGCAACAUUUGCAAGCUGGCUGAGGUUAAUAGAUGGGGCAAGCCAGUGUGCAAGCUCUUCUGUAUGAUUUUGCUUGCCGCCGAAGAGGCUUAUAAAGAAAGCUUGGCCUUUGCAGGACCGGCAGCCAAAUUCGUUGCCUCAGAAGCUGGUAACGCGGGUAUAAAAGCGACUGGGAUAGCUGGUGCAAAGUCUGCUGGCAACGCUGGUGCAAAGUCUGCUGGCAACGCUGGUGCAAAGUCUGCUGGCAACGCUGGUGCAAAGUCUGCUGGCAAGGCUGGUGCAAAGUCUGCUGGCAAGGCUGGUGCAAAGUCUGCUGCCAAGGCUGGUGCAAAGUCUGCUGGCAAGGCUAGUGCAAAAGCAGCUGGGAAGGCUGCUGCAAAAGCAGCUGGGAAGGCAAGUGCAGGAGCCGCCGAUGAUGUCUUACAAGCUGGAAUCAAAGCAGGAGGCAAACUUGCUGGUGGCUUGAUCAUUGGAAUCAGCACUGUAUUUCUGACAUGGGAUAUUAUCGAUCUUGGCUGCACUAUCAGAGAUCUCGUGGAAAAGAAAGGAUCAAACGCCGCCAAAGAAUUGAAGCAGAAAGCGGAGAUUCUUGAGAAUAUUAUGAAGAAAUAUGAGGAAGAAGGGUAGAUCUAAAUUGGGUCAAUGGACCAUGAAAACGUAGCCAUGUAGAACAAGCACAAUUGACAUGAACACUGAACCUUAAAAAAAACUUCCUCUAGCUUCUUUUUUAAACUUUUGUGGAAAACUUUAGUACCUUCUGCGCAAUAAAGUAAAGGUUUGUUUGAUCGAGGCACCGAUAGAAAUAUUAUUCGUAUAUUCCUAAGCACAGUCCAAUUGUUGAACCAGUUAAAAGACAAAAUAAACAUCGAGAAAGAAUUUUCAUUAUAAGUGUUUUUUGACGUAAUUAAACUUUGAAAUUGAAUGGAAAUAAUAUAUUGCCAUUUGCCAUUCAGUAAAAAUGAUAAUAAGCCAGUUGAUCAUUUCUUAUUCCUUUUGGCGGUCUAUCUUACAGGUAUAAUUUAGCACGCUCGACACCUUUUCUUCUUUGAGGUGACUUAUGGUGUAAACAUGAAGUACUCAUCCUCUGCACUGAAUCUAUAAUCAGGUAAUUUACACGAAUAGCACGUAGCUCUUUUGGGGGGGGUACCUUGGGUACGCCCUUGCCUCUCCGAAUUUUCUCUUUAUUUUGCUGUUAUGCAACAGUCCUCAAGGACUAUUUUCUCUUUAGAUAUAUUUUUAAGUAUAAUUUUAAUUCUGUUAGUAAGUUUAUUAUAAUUUUUCUAUCGUCAAUCUUGUUUUCUUUUUUCCCGAACGUAACCGUAAGACAAAGAAAUUUAAGGUAGAAAGUCAUUUUGUAAAGCGUAACAUCGCGAAGGUACCUACUUAAUAUGCAAACUCCGCUUUUCGUAGCUUAGCGUGAUUCACUAGUUAAGUAUAAAAGCAUGACGAAGGUUAGAGAUUGACAGCUCAGUAAGCGUCACUUUUAUAAGCGGUGACCACCACUUUCCUUGAGAGGUCAGAGCUAGUCCCGAGGUAAUAAGUUGUGUGUAAGAGAGAGAAGAAUAAAGAAACCUUCAACUGGUUCAAGAGAG